AUGGAGAAGCAAAAAGGAACAACUUUUCUAUAUAUAAGAACCUUUCUAGGCGGUGAACUCAAAACGAAGCCCAAUCAAGAAUCUCUUGGAGCUCAGUGGUGGUCUGUUGACGAAGUGCUAGCUAAGAAAUUACCAUUAAGAGUGAAAGACUUUUUGCCGUUACUUGAACAAGGAUUAGCGUAUAGAGAUGCAGUACACACAGACUUACCACGAAUACUUCCGAUGAAUAUCAACAUGCCUGGAUUAUUUAUGGAAUUCAUGAUAGUUCGGCAUAGUCUGGACGAGUCCCGAACAGAAGUUCUGGUCCACAAAUCUAUAGAAAACGAAGAUAUGUUAGUCGAAAAUGAACAACCAUUUCCUACGGUUGAAUUCGGUUUCGAAUAUUUCUUCGCUAUGGUUGUCUCAAAGGUUUACAGGCAUCUACUGGAAGAGGGUGGUAAUGUAAUUUUUGCACCUUCGCACGUGGUUCGGAUCAAAUGUCAUCCAAAUCCAAUACAGUCCCUAGCACAUGGCAUCUCAGUUCGGUUAUAUUGUCUACACAAGAAAUGCGCAACAAAAGCAGUGAUCAGGAGUCCACGGUGA